AUGGCCGUCUCCUCCAAAUCCGACGGCCCAGAUUCAGCCGCCGAGCCCGACGCCGACCACUUCGAGUUCUUCUCCUUCCCCUCACCUCCCGCCAUGUGCGCCGCCGCGGACGUCUUCCUCGGCGGAAAGAUCCUCCCUUUCGGCGCUCCUCCCCCCAAACGAGCUGAAAACCUCGGCGACCUUUGUUGGCAGGAGACCUACGCCGCUUCCGAGUGCUCCCGCCGGCGCCGCAGGUUCUGGGGCGGCCGUGUGAAGGCCGAGUACCGGAGGCUGAGGAGCGUGUCGGACUGCCACGGGAUGGUCCCCCCGCCGGCGGCGAGGCAGCAGCGACCGAGGUGGUACCUCUGCGUGCUCGGGUCGGUGCGGGUGCCGGCGACGAUGGACAUGAGCGACAUCCGGAGCCGGCAGCGCCGGCAGAGCGCGGCGGCGGAGGCAGAGCCGGGGCGAGGGCCGAGCGGCGACGUGGGCCGGGCGACGUGGAGGCUGCUGCGCUCGCUGAGCUGCACGGGGCUGGAGAGCGCCUCCGCCGUCACCGUGCCGUUGCGCUUCGCUGAGCACGCGCAGGACACGUGA